CCACCAGAGAACAGCUGGUACUGGACUCCACACUAAGUAAAAGUGCUAUUCUGGCCUUGUCAUCAACACGUGAGUGGAAAAAGGCACUAAAACAUCUGCCCAUAAUCAGGAAGAUGUCAGAGAUCUGUAGAAGUACAUACAGUGCCAUCAUUGCAAGUGCCUUCAGGAACGGGGAAUACGACACUGGGUUUCACUACCUAGAUGUUAUGUGGCAAGAAAACAAGUUACCCACGGAUCAGGUGUUCUUGGAAUGGGUCAAACAGUGCACUGCUCUUAAAACAACUGAAGAGAAGAAGGCAAUGAUGGAAACUCUGUUUCACAAACUUGCUACAUAUGAAAUUUUUCCUACACUGCCUGUUAUUCAGGAGAUUGACUUAAUGUAUAAAGAACACUUAGCUUGGUUUAGCAGCUAUGUGACGAUACCCUCAAGUGGUAAAUGUCCAGCAUGUGGAGGUCAGCUGAAGAGUCCUGAACUUGAUGAAGAGGAAUUUAAACAAUUACAGAAAGUUUAUGCCCCGAGUCCUACAUGGAUCAGACAUUUUUCUUUCAACUAGCCCCAAAGAAUGGAAGAUCUUUCAAGAGUUUGUAGACAAACACAAACCUUUCACAACUGUAGUCGAUGGUCUUAAUGCAUCAUAUUCAUCUGGUUUGAUUAAUAGCACACCUGGCAAACGUGUUAAUUUUCUGAGAGAUUUGAUUGUGAAACUUGAGAGAAAUCUUGAGGGUCGUAUAUUAGUUAUUGGACGAAAUCACAUGAAUGCCUGGAUGCCUAGAGAUCCACCUACCUGGGGAACAUUACGGGGAUCAACACCCCCAUGGCCCCGUCCACGACCAGGUUUAUUCAAGAACGAAAAAAAUGUGAUUUUAUAUACCCUCAAUAAUUUGACCAAAGAUGACGGAUUCUUCAUAUAUGCUGCCCUCCAAUCUGGAUAUGGAACUAAAGUUGUAACUAAUGACUUGCUACGAGACCAUCUGUUUCGUCUGGGACAGACGAUACUGAGAGACACUUGUUAUUGUUAAAGUCUCAUAAUUCCA